CGUCAUUCUCUCCCCACACAGCUUCUUUCCUCCUUUUCCUCAUUCAUUCUACCGCAUUCACUUAGAUUUGCUUGUGAAAGCUUCCGAGGUCUUGUCAGGAACGACAGGCACGGAUCAGGGCUCUUCAUUCACUGUGCCCGACACCCAAUUGGCCGCGACAUCGGCUGUGUGGCCAAUCCUGGCAGCUCUUGGAGGUUCAGUCCUGGUGAAAGAAUCACCCUGCCCUGCACUUCCCUGGGGCUUCUAAUAUCCCUUCUGCAACUGUUCGAUGCGAUUGGACAUGCUCGAAUUAUUCAAACAAAAUGACCGAAUCAAAAAUGCAGCUAGUAGAUUGGCUGGACGAUCUCUGCGUCCGCUUCAUCAUCAAUCUACCCCAAGAAGAGCUCGAAUCCGUCGAACGGAUAUGCUUCCAGGUUGAGGAGGCACAAUGGUUCUACGAAGACUUCAUCCGGCCUCUUGACCCCUCAUUACCGUCAAUGUCGCUCCGAAACUUUUGUCUACGAAUCUUCCAACAUUGUCCGUUGCUCUCCGCUUUUUCAUCUUACCAUCACUCGACAGCUUUCUCUGAAUUCCUUGCUUAUAAGACACGAGUGCCCGUACGUGGAGCCAUCAUGCUCAACGAUGCCAUGGACGAGGUAGUAUUGGUUAAGGGUUGGAAGAAGGGCGCUAAUUGGAGCUUCCCUCGUGGAAAAAUCAACAAGGAUGAAAAGGACUUGGAUUGUGCAGUACGAGAGGUAUAUGAAGAGACUGGAUUCGACAUUAAAGCGGCAGGACUGGUAAAGGAGGAGUCGGAAAUGAAGUUUAUCGAAGUUACCAUGAGAGAACAACAUAUGCGACUCUACGUAUUCCGGGGAGUGCCAAAAGACACGCCCUUUGAGCCAAGGACUCGGAAAGAGAUUAGCAAAAUCCAAUGGUACAAGUUGUCGGAUUUGCCGACCAUAAAGAAGAAUAAACAGCAACAACAAGGUCGAGGAGAAGACUUGGCUGGCAAUGCUAUCAAAUUUUACAUGGUUGCACCAUUUCUUGUACCGCUGAAAAAAUGGAUUGCUCAACAGCAUAAGAAGGAUGCUCGCGAUGCAGCUCUGUACCCUGGAAUUCCUGCGCCUGCACCGCUGGGAGAACUCGCGCCAGAAGUGGAAGCGGCAUCGCUGGACAUUGACGGCGGUCCUGAAUGUCGAGGAGAGACUAGUGGCCUCCUUGGUCAGAGUCUACCACAGAACGGUACUGGCUUCUCUGCACACUCUGGGUUUGGCGAGGUGCAGGAUCGGACCGCACAACUGAAGCAGCUCCUUGCUGUUUCGACUCCUCAACCGGCCGCUCCUGAGAUCAUAAAUGAUAUCUCUGCAGAUAGUCGGUCCAAGUCUGAUGCUCUCCUUGCGAUGCUCCAGAAAGGGGGUCGUCAGCAACAGCCGCAGAGUGGUCUGCAAGGUGUUCCGCCGCCUCAGACUCCGCUCGAGCAGUUGGAUCUGAACCCAAACCUUCCACAAUCUCCUCAUCCUCGUCACGCUCAUCAACCUCCGUUCCAUAUGCAGGCUCCACCACCCAGCUUUCCUUUGCCGCCUGCUCAUGCUCCUGGUCACCCCAUGCAGCAAGGAGCACCCGCAGCAUUAGUCACGGGUCCGGGUGGCCCCUCGGGUGUGCCGCAUCUUGCGCAACAAGGUGGCCCGGCACCCCAUCAUCAACUCCCUCAACCUCAUAUUCCUGCAGUGUUGGCGAACUUGCACAUGCCCUCUUCCGACCUCUCAGGCGAUCGGUUGGCAUCCUCGGCUCAGUUCCCUGGACUUCACAUACCAGCAGUCUCCGCCGCUCCGAAUGUGCCGCCGUCAUCUCUCUCAAACCAUUCGCUAGCAUUGCUUAAUGUUCUGAGGGCCGGGCAGACUCCGAGUCAUCGUCAAACUCCGGCUAACCCCGCCGAGUUAAAGGCCAUAGCAGGUUUAGGAUCCCUUCCUCAGGCGCCUCCUACGUUUCAACUGGCACGUCCUCAUGUCCAACCUAGGCCCGCUGUUGAGCACGGAGGGUCUGCUGAAUCUGAUCUGGCUUCUCGACUCAGUGCUGCCAUGAACCUCCAGUCCAAAGCACCGCCAGCAACAGCAGCAGCCGCCGCUGUCGGACCAGCAAUCGCAGCGACUGCUUUGCCUGAGUCACAUAAAAAUGCACUUCUAGCUUUGUUCAAGCAGCAACCAGCUACUAAAGCUGCUCCUGCCUUGGAAAGUCCGGUCAGUUCAAUUCUGCCAAAGACUACAGCGCCAGCUCCCGUUCCGGUUGCUGCUCCAGUUGCUGCUCCGGUUCCUCCAGCAGUACAGGUGUCUACCAAGCCUUUUCCGCAGCAGAUUCCGGCCAUUAGCGCACAGAAACCUGGAGAUCAAAAAGGUCCUUCCCCUAGUAUCUUGAAGCGACCUUUGUCAGCGGGACGAGUGCCCACCCCUACCAACGGACCGUCAAAGCGUGGCCAAUUGGGCGCGAACGGUCAAGCACCAGCGAUUAUUCCGAGUCCACUUCACCCACCACAAUUCGACACUGUAUCAAAGGAUAGUCCAAGGAACCAGCGAUUGAGCCCAGCAUUCAAAAAGACUGCCCAGUCUCAGCAACGCCAGCCCUCGCCAAUAUCGAUCCUCCCUCGUCCUGCCUCUGUGCAUGGACCCAAACCGAACGAUGCACCAAAGCAGUUGGCAGAUACUGGAACGGUGCGGAGACAUCCCGCUAAGCCGAAGAGGGAAUCAAAAGGACCAAGAGAGCCAAAGGAACCCAAAGAGCCGGCCAAACCGUUCCAGCCGCAGAUCCUCCGGCGUCCAACUCAGCCCUCCCCUAGCCCAGGGGCAGCAAGCCAGAACAUUUCCGAUCGGCGUGAGAGCCAAACUGACGGGCAGCGGCAGGCACUGCUCUCACUGUUUAGCAAACCAGCUGCGGCACCCACUGAAUCCCCUCUCACGUCUCCAAUUGCAGCACGUCCGGAACCGGCUUUGCCGGCUGAGCAGCCUUCGAUCUCUCGACUCGAAAGUAUCUCAUCUGAUACUGCUACACGGAGAGGUUCUCAAGCAGACAACAAGAACUUUUUGCUGGGUUAUCUUGCAGGAGUUGCAAAGGCCGGAAGGGGUUGAUUAGUCAAUGAUUGUUUCUGAAGCAUUUUUUUUAUUGCUCUGUUCGGCGGAAAAACUGCACUUGCAUUUUGCUAAGCGUAAAGUUUGGGCAGUCUGGGGUGUAUUGUCCCUCUGAACUGCAUUUUCAAAUCUCGGCCAUUGCGUGUUCUGCAUUUACUUAUAUUUACGAGCAAAUG